GUAGCGGCUCGUAUCGUAAUGGGUAAAACUUUCCCCAAAAAUGGGCAAACUGUAACGUGUCAUUACGUGCUUACCCUUAAGAAUGGAAAACAGGUGGAUAGCUCCCGCGAUCGUGGUUUGCCUUUUAAGUUCAAGAUAGGAAAGGGAGAAGUUAUCAAAGGAUGGGAUCAAGGUGUAGCCCAGAUGUCUGUUGGGCAACGGGCCAAACUAACAAUUUCUCCCGACCUAGGGUACGGCUCUAGUGGUGUGUCUGGAGCCAUCCCUCCGAAUUCAACUUUGAUUUUUGAUAUCGAGUUGAUCAGUGUAAACUGA